ACCACCACCCUCUCGCACUCUUGCCCACCCGCACCAUGUCGUCCACCACGCUCAACUCCAAGGUCCCGUCGCUCUCCAAGGCGCAGGCCGUGCCGCCGUCGUGGAAGGACCUCGGCAAGCUCGCCAACGACACGCUCACCAAGGACAUCCCCGUCCACGGCUCGACCCUCGAGGUCAAGACCAAGGCGCCCAACGGCGUGCAGUUCCGCGUGCUCGGCGCGCGCGACGCCAAGAGCGGCAACAUCAACGGCGACCUCGAGAUCAAGCUCGCCGACAAGAAGCGCGGCCUCACGCUCACGCAGUCGUGGCUCACCAGCAAUGUGCUGCGCAACCACGUCGAGCUCGAGAACCAGAUCGCCACGGGCCUCAAGCUCGAGCUCAUCUCGACGCUCAUCCCCGAGAAGCAGAGCAAGAACGCCAUGUUCGCCGCCAGCUACAAGAUGCCCGGCCUGCACACGCGCUCGCACAUCGACCUCUUCAAGGGCCCGACCGUGACUGCCGACGCCGUGGUUGGCCGUGACGGCUUCCUGCUCGGCUCGGAGGCGUCGUACGACGUGCGCGACGGCAAGGUGCAGCGGUACAACCUCGCCGCCGGCUUCUCGGCUCCCGAGUACGCCGUCACGCUGCACGGCCUCGGCAACCUGAGCACGUACAGCGCCAGCUACUACCACCGCGUCAACUCGGACAUCGAGACGUCGGCGCGCGCCACGUACGACUCCAAGGCCCCGGCCAGCAACGUCAACCUCGAGGUCGGCACGAAGACCUACCUGGACAACGCCGCCUUCGUCAAGGCCAAGAUCAACAACGCCGGCAUCCUGUGCCUCGGCUACACGCAGGCCCUGCGCCCGGGCGUCAAGGCCUCGCUCGGCCUCGCGCUCGACACCGUCAAGCUCUCCGACGCCGGCGGUGCCAACGCCCACAAGGCCGGCUUCAGCCUCGUCUUCGAGGCCUAAGCGGCACUGCUUGGCCAUGCGCCGGGCCCUCGUGCCAUGCGCCACCGCCCGAUGGACCCGCCCCGGCAUCGUGCGUGUGCGCGUCUGUGCGAGGACCUGCCUCUGAACGAGACACUAGACCAACGCUGCUCGCUUCUUCCUGCCGUCGCUCUGCCGUCGCACGCAGGCGCGCUGUCUGAAUCAAAUGAAUUGCACACAUC